AUUCUUUUCUCGACUUUUUUCAAAACGAGACGUGUUAUCUGAUUCUGUAGUUCACCGACAAGGACAAUUAUCCACGAAAUGUCUAUGAUAAUCCUGCUCCUUGCGGGGCUGAGCGGCACUCUGGCCCAACAUGCCCCGCACACGGCUGACAACAAACAGGCCAUCGUGCACCUGUUUGAGUGGAGAUGGGCUGACAUCGCCGCGGAGUGUGAGACGUUUCUGGGACCCUACGGCUUCGGAGGUGUACAGGUGUCGCCACCGACUGAAAACCGUGUGAUCACCAGUCCGAACCGGCCGUGGUGGGAGCGCUACCAGCCAAUCAGCUAUCGCCUCAACACCCGCAGUGGCAACGAUGAGGACUUCAAGGACAUGGUUCACCGCUGUAACCAGCAGGGAGUCAGAAUCUACGCGGAUGUCGUCAUCAACCACAUGUGCGCUGAUGGCGGCUCGGGAAACGGCACGGGCGGGAGUCACUUCAACGCCGACAGCCUGGAUUUCCCGGGCGUCCCCUUCGGAACCGAUGACUUCACCGACUGCGGCACGUGCGGUACCAGCGACUGCAGCAUCCAAAACUAUAGCGAUGUUAAUCAGGUACGUAACUGCCGCUGGGCCAGCAAGUUGGAUUCGAAGCUCAGUAGCGACUACGUCCGUGGGAAGAUCGUGGACUACAUGAACUACCUUAUCUCCAUCGGAGUUGCCGGCUUCCGUGUUGAUGCCGCCAAACACAUGUUGCCGGGAGACUUGGCCGCCAUCUUCGGCCGGCUCAGCGACCUCAACACCGCUUACUUCCCGUCAGGUUCCCGCCCCUUCAUCGCCAUGGAGGUCAUCGACCUGGGUGGAGAGGCAAUUUCGUCAUCAGAGUACACCCAUCUAGGGAGGAUCACAGAGUUCAGGUACGGCAUGCAGCUCGGAACCCUCUUUAGAAAGCAGUACGGACAGAAGCUGGCUUAUCUGCAGUUCAUCGGCGAGACCUGGGGUAUGCAGUGGGACAACAACGCGUUGGUGUUCGUGGACACCCACGACACCCAAAGGGGCCACGGGGCAGGCGGACAGGCCAUCCUCACCUUUAGAGACAGCAAGCUGUAUAAGAUGGCCAAUGCUUUCAUGCUGGCGUUCCCGUACGCCUUUGUUAGGAUGAUGAGUAGCUACUACUGGGACCAGUGGUGGGAAGACUGGAGGGACAAGAACGACUGGAUCGGGCCGCCAGCCGACGGUAGCGGCAACACUAUGGGGGUGUCAAUCAACAACAAGGGCAGCUGUAGCAACGGAUGGAUAUGUGAACACCGCUGGCGUCCCAAUCGCAACAUGGUGAUGUUCCGUAACGUGGCAGCCGGGUACGGCUUAUCCAACUGGUGGGACAACCGUAGCAACCAGAUUGCAUUCUCCAGAGAAGACAGAGGUUUCAUAGCCAUCAACAACGAAGUCUGGUGGGCACUGGACGCGACCCUGCAGACUGGUCUCUCCUCUGGCGACUACUGUGACGUCAUAUCCGGUGAUCUUUCUAACGGAGGCUGUACGGGAAAGACCAUUACUGUGGGCGGGGACGGCAGGACUCACAUUUACAUCGCAGGUGAUGACGAGGUCCCAAUGAUCGCCAUCCACGCAGGCUCUAAAGUAUGCAGGGGUAACGGAACCAACCCAGGGGUGACAGACCCAGUGGACCCUACGCACCCUAGCCCGAUCAGCCCAACAGGAACAAACAGGACAGUUGUUUUCAUCAAGAAGCAGACGUCAGUCGGGCAGGACCUGUUCCUGAGAGGUGGCGUUGGAUACGGAGAUAGACCAGGAUGUACAAGGGAUGCAGUGUCAAGCCAAUGUGCCAUCCCCAUCUCGCACAGAAUCAAAAGCUCCAACACGGAAGGAGACAACUAUCUGGACUGGUAUGGUGUCGAGUGCGGACAGGGCCUUGAUAUACAGGGCAGUCCUCUGGUCUGGACCACGAAUAACUCCAACAGCGCGGCUACAGUCAGCUCCCAGGGGUACGGCUACACACCACUCAACCAGUGGGGGGACCACUACUGGAUGCUAGAUGUGGAUAUGGACUGUUCGCGAACAGAAAACGGUUGGUUUGAGGUGAGAGCCAUGACCAUUGCCCGUUAUCCCGGCGGUUUUGUCCAGUGGGAGAGUGACCGGAACCAGGGGACGUGUGGUGGGACGGCGGGCGGGAACAAGCCCUACUCCUCCGGUAACCACUUCGCACGCUGCGGCAAGAUCAACGCCUUUGACUUUGACGGCAACACUUGUACCAUCAACGAAUUUUAAGAUCAAUUGGAAAUUUUGCUGAUUAUGGAUGAGAUCUAUGUGUACUAACUAAGGGGAGGGAGGGAGGAAGGAAGAUGAAAAUGAUAAAAAGAGACAAAGAAAUUUAUGGUAUUACUAGUGACGCACGUCAUUUUGGUAGUGUACUUCAGAGAUGAAUUAGAGGUACGCAAAUUUGGUCGCCAUCAGCAUUGAUAAUAAAAGUUGGUUUAGGUCUAGUAAAGACGAGAAUUGCUUGUGCGCUCUCAUAUGUGCAGAGAAAUCAUAUGCAGAGAAAGCAGUAAAUAAAACAUAAGGAAAAGCCAGUGACCUACAAUACAGCAUGGGCCUUCCAAACAUCUUAUAAAAUUGUGGUUAUAAGGUGCAAGUACAUAUUAGCAAACAAAAUUAGCCAAGGAGGUUGAAAGGAGGUUGAAAAAUUAAAUUAGAAUUAUAUAGCAAAGUAUCAGAAUACACCGAAAACUUACUCCUACGGAGAAAAACUGAGUCUUGAUAUCUACAAACGAAAUAUGUGAAAGAAAUAUAUAAAAUUAACUAAAUAAAAGAAGAUGAAUCAAAAUUACAAAAUUAAGUAUUUAUAAACAUCAGAAGCUUACAAAUAUAUAAGACAUAUACUUGAAAUAGGAGUCUUGAAAUACAUGAAACUUAAGUUAUCAAAGAAAGAUAAAAGGAAAGGCAGGUAAUCAUGAAGCAAAGGAAACAAACAAAUCAGGUGGAAUCAUAUGCUUGGAAUAUCUAUGCAAUCUAUCUUCAGAUCUAGACGUUUUUUUCUGAAACUGUAAGUGUAAUGGCAGACAUGUUUUUUUGUAGUUAGUAUAGAUUGUUCCUUAUGGUGGAGCAUCUGAUGAUUGUAGUAAAAUCGUCUUAGACUAGCUAGCUGCUAUAAAUGAUCUUAAAACAUUUUGCUGUCUCGUAUUGUGAUGGUGAACAUCUCAGCUUACUAAUUCAAAAAUUUAAAUUUUUUUCAGUAAUUUAAAAAGGCUUAAUAAUAUAUAAGUUUAUUGUACAUUCAUGCCCUAUCGGGCUAAGUACAGGCAUACAAGUAUAAGAGUAUAAUAAUAAAGUACAUAAAGUGACUUCUUGUCUCUUUAUGGUGUUAUUAUAGAGGAUGGGUUUGUUCAACAUAGAUUGGUCAUUGCCAAGUGAAAUUUUCGGUACUAGUCAUCGAUUCAAAGUCAAGGUUCCCAGACGGAAUAGCGGAGAAACCUAUCCACAAGCUUUCACAGAUAAUGCCGAUUGGAAAAGUGAUGCAGCUUGGCACAGAAAUCUGUGAAUCGUCAUUAAUUUUGGUAAACCAUUUUUUAGAACCUCCUUGGAUCCACUAACAGCGGUACACUAAUUUUUUUUAGAGUAGAUAAGUAUUCGUGUGUUUUCACGGCAACAUUAUGAGGUUUCUUUAUGAUUUGACAAUGUAUACGUGCAUGUAGUGAGAAGGGAGUGUCGUAGGCGGCGCGUGGUGACAGAAGCUGAGAACUGGGGGAAAUGUUCACCAGGUGGUUUUGAGUUCGCGAAAGUUAAAUGCAUUAAUGCAGUAUUUGAUUUUUUUCACCGCAUUCUUAAUACCGACGUCACAUCAUU